AUGAAUUGCCCCCCAACCUCCUCUUUUUUUCAUCUCCCGACUCCCCUCGCCCCUCUCCUUCCCUUUUGUUCAUCUCUCUCUCUCUCUCUCUCUCUCUCUCUCUCUCUCUCUCUUUGGGGCUGCUUCUGUGGGUAAACCGCUGACCCAGUUGUGACCAAUUUCGUGGCAACGGCGCGCCAGAGGAAGCGGAUGCCUAUUUCUCGCGCUCCGCGGGAGGGGUUGUUGUUUGAGAUUUGGGGCUUUGGGGCCGGAAUCGAGUCCCAGAGCCCGAUCGAAGCUUGGGGUCGAGCGAUUUUGUAUGUUUGGUGCUCGAGUCGGUGCUAGACUGGGGGUAUUUUCUUGACCGAUUUCGGCCGUCUCAGAUUGUCAUAGUUCGUAAGAGUUGAUGCCUUGAGGGGGUUCUUUAGCUUUAGGCAUGGAAUACGCCCGGGAAAUCGUCGAUUCACGUAUGUUUAUGGCGUAGAUAGAUGCUCGUCGAGGAGGAGAAGCUUGCUGAUUUCUUGCUAUAGCGAACUGCUUCGCGACGUUCUGGAUAGGAUCAACAACUCGAAAAGGAAAAAAGAAAUUCCUUUUGUUUGGGAGUAUCGUCUGGGAACAUCUGUAGAUUCAUGCGUUUCUUUAUCAUGGAAAUCCUUUUUCAUAUCAAUUUCAGUAGCUUUUGGAAACAAUUGAGUUGAUCUUGUUUGGAUAUUAGAGCUGCUUUGAGUAUAUAUGUUUUGUUGGGCAUUUUGUGGGCGGUGUAGAAGACAAUGAACCAGUGCGAAAACAUAUUAAAGCAUCCUCAGUAGAAUUGGGGAGCCACUUAACUCUCGUAUCUCUUUUAUAGUUUAUCAAUCCUUUGGGAGGCCUAAUGGCCAGGCCUUUACCAUCCCAAGGGAGAGAAGAGAUGAUCGGUCCUAAAGGAGUUAUUAAGAAGAUUGAAUUUGUGAGAACUAUUACCAAGGCUCUUUAUUCUCUUGGUUAUGAGAGAACUGGAGCAGUUCUGGAGGAAGAAUCAGGAAUACCCUUAUACUCUUCUACGGUCAAUCUCUUUCGGAAGCAAGUUCUUGACGGAAAUUGGGAUGAAAGUCUGAUUACACUGCACAAAAUAGGGCUUGAUGAUGAAAAUAUUCUGAAGUCUGUGUCCUUUUUGAUUUUUGAGCAGAAGUUCUUUGAAAAUUUGGAAAAGAAUAGGAUAAUGGAAGCACUGGAGACGUUGAGAAGUCAGAUCACUCCCCUUAGCAUCAACAAAAAGCGGGUGCAUGAAUUUUCCAGUUGUAUUGUAUCUCCCUCACAGCGUAUCUUGCUAGGGUUUGCCAAUGUGGGAACAGAGACCUUGAAGCCACGAAUGAAGCUUCUAGAGGAAUUACAGAAGCUGCUUCCUCCGUCGAUCAUGGUACCUGAGAGAAGAUUGGAGCACUUGGUUGAACAAGCACUUGGCAUCCAAAGAGAAGCUUGCUAUUUUCACAACUCUCAUGAAAGCUGUCUUUCAUUGUACACCGAUCAUCAGUGUGGAAAGGAUCAGUUACCUUCUCAUACAACACAGGUACUGCAAGAACACCAUGAUGAAGUAUGGUUUUUACAGUUCUCGAACCAAGGGAAGUAUUUAGCAUCAUCGUCAAAUGAUAAAUCUGCAAUUAUAUGGGAGGUUCAUGAAGAUGGAGAACUGACACUGAAGCACAAGCUGAUUGGUCAUAAGAAAUCUGUCCUAAUGGUUGCGUGGAGCCCUGAUGACAGCCAUCUUCUAACUUGUGGAAUGGAAGAAGCUGUGAGGCGCUGGGAUGUUGAUUCUGGUGAAUGCCUCUAUGUCUAUGAAAAAACUGGUCUUGGUCUGAUCUCUUGUGGUUGGCUCUUGCACGGAAAACAACUCUUUUCUGGAGUUACGGAUAAGACUAUUUGCUUUUGGGAUUUAGAUGGCAAAGAACUGGACUGUUGGAAAGGGCAGAGAACAAGUAAAACCUCUGAUGUUGCUGUCACAAAAGAUGGUAGACAAAUUAUAAGCAUGUGCCAAGAAACUGUCAUUUUGUUGCUCGAUAAGGAAACAAAGAUUCAGACACUGAUAGAAGAGGAACAAACAAUUACUUCAUUUUCACUAUCAGAGGAUGACAAUUUUUUGCUUGUAAAUCUGAUAAACCAGGAGAUUCAUUUGUGGAACAUAAGGAAUGAUCCGAAACUAGUUACCACAUAUAAAGGUCACAAACGCAGUCGAUUUCUUAUAAGAUCUUGUUUUGGAGGACUUGAGCAGGCUUUCAUUGCCAGCGGAAGUGAAGAUUCACAGGUUUAUAUAUGGCAUCGAAGCACAGGAGAUCUCCUUGAAGCUCUUCCUGGACAUUCUGGCACUGUCAACUGUGUUAGCUGGAACCCAUCAAAUCCUCAUAUGCUUGCAUCUGCCAGCGACGAUCACACAAUCCGUAUCUGGGGAUUAAGCAAGGUUAAUCGGAAGCGCAAGGAGACCUACAGCAAUGGCACCGUUCUUCACCUUUGCAACGGAAGCAGUAAAUGAGUAAAAGAAACAGUCGAUUACUUGAAUUCGUUGACCAUGUAAAUUCUUUUGGCUCCCUUGCCGUCCGUCCGUCGGUCGGUAGCAGCAUAUGCACCUCUAAUGGUACAGUUGCUUAUUUCCUGAUAUGAAUUGUAGUGUCACUAUUUCAGGUCGUACAAACAGCUUCUUUUUUUUUUCUUUGUGUUGAAUCAUCAGUAUAUGAUCAUUUUGCUCGAGUCAAUGAACUGAUUGCUGAGGUUAUUGAA